AUGGAUUUCAGCUCUCCUUUUACUCUGCAGUGCUUGCUGGUGAUAAUAACUGCUACUCAUGGCUCUGCCGUCUGGACCGGUGUGCUCAGUGGAGGCUCAGCAGUCUUUCCUGUGGGAAUUCAAGAUCUGCAGAACCUCUCCAGAAUGAGCAAGAGGGACGUGAUAUGUUUGACAUCUAUCUUAAAUAAUACUUUGUUGGCUGAAUGUGGCAAUUCUGCCAGCACGUGCCUGAGCUUGCAGAAUGGCUCCCUAGUGCUGAGGAGUGUGAAGAAAGAGGAUGAAGGAAAAUAUGAGUUUGUUUUCCGCAACACCACCAGAUCUUUUACACUGGAAGUAUUUGAGCCAUCUGUUGGUAUCCAGUGCUUCCCUAAUGGGACCGGAGAGUUGUACUGCAACGUGACCAGCAAUGGGAGCACCAGCUUUCAGUGGCUGCUGAACGGCUCUGUGCCACGCGUCCCCGAAGCUUGCAUCAAGGACGGUGGGAGGAAGGUUCAACUGGACAAACCUGUGCCCGGGGAAUUUGUAUGUGAGGUUCACCAUGGGAAAAGUGUCACAAGGACCAAGCCUGUUGUGCUUUCUUGCAGUUAUGGAGACCUGCUGCAGCAUCCGUGGUUCAUUUACAUCCUGGCAGGAUGUGCAGGGGGUGCCAUUAUCCUGGUGGUGUUUGUGUCCUCAGUCAUAUGUUGCUGCAUGAAGAGGAAACACAAAUUCAUCCCAGUGCCUUCAGAGGAGAAGGAUGAUGGACUAACCAUGUCUGUGAUCUCCAGUGAAGGUGUGAAGAGCCCCCCCAAUGGAGACCAUGUCGAGGCUCAAGCUGCCCAAGUUGACUGCCCUUCAAAGCCUGACACUGCCCAGACUGGUCAAGAAAUUGAGCCUCAGCCCCCCAUGGAAGAAAAUUUACCAGUGGAGAUAGAGCCUGAGGAAAUGCCAGACCCAGAGGUCAUAGUAGAUGUGGAAAGCCAGGAAAAUGCCUCAGACUGUUUUCCGGAUCCAACUGAUAACUGA